AUGAACGCCAAGUUCAUGGCUGACGCGGAGCAGGAGGCAGAGGAGGAGCGGACGGCCCACGCGGUGUUCGACACGGAACAACAACACCGCAGGGAGGCGGCAGCCACAGAGGAGGAGUCGGACAACGACGACAACUUUGACUGGAGCGGGCUUGACCCAGAGGAGAAAGCGACGGAGCAGAGGGCCUUAGUCUCGUCCUUCGAGACGCUGAAAAGGCCGAGGAUGACGCAAACGAGGCGCUGCGCCGGCGCAUCGUUAAGGCGUCCGGCCCCUCUGUCACAGUCGCAGUUCGCACCACGCGUCCUCGCCGUCUCCAACCUCGAUCUGCUACCAAGGAGUGUCCCGGGAUCGCUCUUCUGCGCCUACCGCAAGCCCUCCGCCGGCGGCUUCGGCGAUGUGGUCACAACCUUCGAGGCCAAGCUGCCUUCCCUGCUCGACCACUUCCUCCUCCUGACCGGUCGCAUCGUCGCCAACCCACGCUCAGGGCGCCCGGAGGUGCACUGCAACAACCAGGGCGCCGAGCUCGUUGUCGGCGAGGUCGACGUGGCUCUGGCGAGCCUGGACUACGGCGAUCUGGGAGCAUCGCUGGCGCGGACCGGCGUCCCCGUCCAGUACGGCGCCGACAUUGCGCUGUCGGUGCAGCUGGUGUCGUUCGCCUGCGGCGGGUUCGCCGUGGCGUGGGGCAGCAACCACGCGCUCGUGGACGGGUAUUCAGGGUGCCUAGUGGCCAACGCGUGGUCCCAGCUCGUGCGCUCCGGGACGAUUCCCGCCACCGCGACCCCGAACCACGACCGCUCCGUGUUCCGUCCGCGCGCCACGCCGUCGUACGGCUCUUCGGUCAGGGAGCUGUUCAUGCCGUCGGAGAGCGAGCAUCUCGUCAACGCUCUCACGAACGAGAGCUCCUUCGUCCGUCGCACGUACUACGUCGACCUGCGGGACGUCGCUACGCUGCAGGCGCAGGCGAGCCGGGAAGAUGCGGCCGCAGGCGAGCGCGGCGCGACACGCCUCGAGGCGGUGUCUGCGUACUUGUGGAAGGUCUUUGCCACCGUUGUGGGCGAGUCCGACGAGAGAUGCCGCAUGGGCUGGUGGGUGGACGGGCGACGGCGUCUCACGGCGGUGGGGUACGAGGCAGCUGCGAUGCGCAACUACGUCGGCAACGUCACGACGUUCGCGGUGGCGGAGGCAAGUGUGGAUACGAUCCAGCGCCGGCCGCUUCCGGACGUCGCGUCAAUGGUGCGUGAGUCGAUCAAGUCGACGGCUACGGGCGAGCACUUCCAAGAGCUGACGGACUGGGUGGAGGAGCACAAGGCUGCCAAGUACGUCGAGAGGGCCACCGUCGGGCUUGGCAGCCCGGUACUGGCCGUGUCCGCGUUCACGUCGUUCAACUUCGACACCGACUUCGGCUUCGGGCACGCCGCCCUAGUGAUGCCGACGUCGGUGAACAGCGGGAGGCCAUGCUGCGGCCUGAUGCGGAUCAUCGCGCUCCCGGGAGGCAACGGCUGGCUUAUCGGCAUGUCUGUGUGGCCGAGGCUCGCCCCCGCAUUCGACUCCGACAAGCACCGCAUCUUCAAGCCUCUCUCAGCGGAGCAUCUCGGCCUGGGUCAGCACAGCCGGCUCUGAUUCACAGGACACAUGCAUGAACAAUGUUUGGCAUGCCAGCGAAUCGGCAAUAACUUCUCUGCAAAAAAGAUUCUGCGGUUCUUGCAUACUCUAUUUUCAGAUCUGAUUUGCAAGGAUUUUGAACACGUGAAUACAAAAACUGCAGAAUUGAAAUGGGAUUUGCUGCUGAGAACUAAGUCCGUGCGUGUUGAUUGCAUCCUGAUUCGUCCAUAUGAGUUGUAACUAGAUUUUUUUAGUUGCAAGUGAAGUUGCAACUGAGAUUUUUUAGCUGCAAGUGAGGAUGGCUACGCCGAGGUAAGGAGUGCGGUGGCUGCGGCGGAUGGGGAGGGGACGGAGCG